GUGUCUUCACGACUCCCUAGCGUAACCCUGUAUCGGCUCGACACUCGUCUGAUAUAUCAUCGGUCGAUAGGCGUCGACAUCGACGAAUCCGUUUGUUGCAUCUACCCUCGGGGUCGUUUCUAUCAUCUACAAAAAUGUGUGCCUCCUAGGGAUAGUUGGCGUAGCAAUGAUCAGCUUUGGCAUUACCUCUAUAAUUUUUAUCGUGGUGGCCACACUCGACUACUUUAACGAUGAAAAUCAGUUCCGCGAAUCAACUCGAAAAAUUUAUGAAGGGUUCGUGGAAUUCAGUGAAGGAACGCGAUUAUUCUAUACCUACUUGAUUGUGGUGGGUUAUUUCGCGGCGCAUGCUUUCGCGUUCUUGGCGGUGGCCAUCAUGGCAUGGAAACUACGCACUCACUACGUCUAGCACGCAGGAGUUUACAGCAAAGCUGUAUAACAAAAAAAACUGUUUCGCCUCUACAUUGA